AUGGCGCCCUUAGUGGCACCGCUCCUCCGGCGAGGUGGUGUCUGCCGCAGUUGCCUAUUCACACUCGCCAAAGGCGUAUCACCCAUUCAGCGCAGGAAUGUCACGAACAGUUGGUACAAGAAGCAGGGAAUGGCACUGAUCGAAUGGGAGAAACGCGCAGAAGAGAUUAAGAAAGGGAAUAUUCCCAAUACCUGGGACAUGCUGGAGGAACGGGGUUACGUCAAGGACAUAGCUGGGUCGAGAGAGACGAUUCGCGAAAUGAUGAGGCUGAAACGGGUAAAAGCCUAUGUCGGCGUCGACCCCACGGCGAGCUCGCUCCACGUCGGCCACCUCCUCCCUCUCAUGCCGCUCUUCUGGAUGUACAUGCACGGAUAUGGCGCCUUCACGCUCCUCGGCGGAUCGACGGUCAAAAUUGGGGACCCAACAGAUCGGUUAAAAGAUCGAGAGCCGAUCGCCAAGGCCGACCUGGCCAUGAACGUCACCAAGGUGCAUUUUCAGCUGAAGAAGCUGUGGGCCAAUGUCGAGACCCAGGCCAGAAGGUAUGGAUACGAAAAGGAGUGGGCCUGGCAACGGGCCGUGGUCAACAACAACACGUGGUGGAAUUCGGUGACUUUGCUUGAGGUCUUGAGGAGGGCUGGCAGGCAUAUGCGGAUUGGGCCCAUGCUAUCCCGCGAGACUGUCAAGAGGAAGAUGUCGGAAGGAGACGGCAUGUCAUUUGCCGAGUUUACGUACCCCAUCAUGCAGGGCUGGGAUUGGUGGACGCUCUUCAACCAGCAGAAAGUGCAGAUGCAGAUUGGCGGCUCGGACCAGUACGGCAACAUCGUAGCCGGCGUUGAUAUUGUUAAGACCGUUCGAGACACCGAGCCCGAUGAAGCGCGACGGAUACCUCGGGAUGGCCCGAUCGACGACCCAGCAGGCUUUACCGUUCCGCUCCUGCUUGACUCGUCUGGUGUCAAAUUCGGGAAAAGCGCCGGGAAUGCGGUAUGGCUGGACCACUUCAUGACGAGCACCUUCGAUCUGUACGGCUACUUUGUCCGGCGGCCGGAUGACGAUGUGGAGAAGCUCCUUAAGCUAUUCACUUUCAUGCCCCUGGAGGCCAUUCAGAAGGUCAUGGCACAACAAAUGGAGGACCCGUCCAAGCGCGUCGCGCAGCACUGCCUUGCCUACGAAGUAUUGACAUUGGUACAUGGGGAAGAGGCCGCAAAAGAGGCACGGGAACAACACCAAAUGAUGUACAACAAAGUUCCGCUCCCGGUCGUGGCCGGGGCGCCGGGCGCCGAGUAUGAGCCCCCAGUUGGACCGACGACUUUGAACAAUGCGCCACGGAUCGACAUGAGACUCCCGAGAUCUCUGAUCAUGGGCAAAUCGAUCGGCCGCAUCCUGUAUGCCGCCGGCCUUGCCUCGAGCACUAGCGACGGCCACCGGCUUGCUGCGCAAAAGGCCGCCUAUAUCGGCGGUCUGCCCGGCCGCCGCCCCGGCAAGGGCGAACCCAUGAACCCGUCACAGUUGACGUGGAAUCCCGUCACCCUCUGGUUCCCGCAGGAGACUGGGAAGUAUUUGAUCGACGACAAGCUCCUCAUCCUCCGCAAGGGCAAGCACAACGUACGUAUCAUCCAGGUGAUCAGCGACGUGGAAUACGAGGAAUCGGGCGAGGAGUACCCGGGCAUGCUAUUUAAGGGCCGUAUCCGUGAGCUCAAGGCACUCUUCAAGGAUCUCAAGGAGGGUCGCAAGACCCCCGAGCAGAUGCGAGAGUAUGCGUCGAGAAUCCAAGAGACUUACCCGUCAAGGAAGUCCCCGCCGGAAGGAAGACUCCGGGCUGAGUUGAGGACUCUAUCUAGGAUAGAGGAGAGGAGAAAUCAGGAGAAACGUGAUGCGGAAUAUGCGGAGAGGGAGAGCAAGCGAGUGGAGGCGUUGGACAGGAGGGCGGAGAUAUUGGAAAGGAGGGAGGAGGAAGAGAUGAAGCGGCAGGAGGGAGAGGACCAAGGGGCAGAGGCGAAGAAGCAGGAGGGAGAGAUGAACCGGCAGGAGGGAGAGGACCAAAGGACAGAGGCGAAGAAACAGGAGGGAGAGGACCAAGGGGGAGAGGUGAAGAAGCAAGGGGAAGAAGAGGGGAGCGAGAGACCUUAG